UGAUCGGCUCCGAGACAGGUUGUAUGUACGGUCCGAAGUUUAUCUCGCCGUUUCUUUCUUGCUUCCGCCUCGUGCAGCUUAACCCUUCCAUCGCUCCAUCUGCUCAAGAAAAGUCAAUACUUGCCUAUUCACACUGCCCAAAAAUGACAGAGUAACUCUACUCAUUACGAUAUUCGCGGGCAUGACGAACAAGCAACGGGGUGCGACGAACACAGAAGAGAGACAGAAGGAUCGGUGGUUUAAGCUCAUUGCAUGGUUACAAACGAAAGGAUUUGACGCUGGACAACUCGCCGUUGAACCUCGUUCACGAGAAGGUGCUGGACGUGGUCUGUUCACUACUAAACCAUUACCCCCAUCGAAGGAUCCGUUCCUCAGUAUACCCGCAUCAGCUUUACUCAACUCGCGAACACUUCGACGCUUCUACCCCAAAAUCGCCCUGGAAGGGCUCUACGACAAUCCUUCUUCAGAUCUUAUCCUGACUGGCACACAACUGUUGUCAAUUCAUCUUGCCCUGUAUCGCCCUGGAGGAGAAGACUCGUGUUCUAAGGACGCGCAUUUUGGAGUAUAUAUCGAUACCUUACCGACGGAGUUUGAUAGUCACCCUCUUACGUGGCUUGUCAAGGAGAAGUUAGGGAAAGCAGGUGCUCAUGAAGUAAAACUUCUGGAGCGCCUGCCUCCGAGCGUGUUAAGUGAGUUAGAGGCAGUUGCUACACGUUACUGGCAUGAUUGGGAUAUUGCCGUACGAGCAAAAGAGAAAUAUUCUGAAGAACUCAGGUCGAAAAAUGAAGCUCUGUUUAACGAGGAUGACUUUCUCUGGGGUUGGCUCGUAGUUAACACAAGAAGCCUUUAUGCGGAUUUAUUCAACAGAAAUCUACCUCAAUCCAACUUAACACUGUGUCCAGUCAUUGACUUCGCGAACCAUACGGCCUCGUCAUCCGUGCCAUAUGCGGUGUGGAAGGACCGUCCUUCCAAAGUGCUAUCACGACCUCGCGGACCAUCUAAACACGCAAAUGACUAUACCUUCCUGCCUCCAAAGCAGGGUCUCGGGCAAGGAGAAGAGUUACUCAUACAAUACGGGAAGCACAGUAACAGGAGGCUAUUUGCUGAGUACGGAUUCGUCGACGAAAACGCCGACAAAGAAGCGGACGUUUCCGACUUGAUUGACGAGCUGAUUGCAAGUAAACGUGCAGAAGGGUUGAUCAGGGAGCUGCUUCCUGAGGUCGCGCAGCACUUCAUGAGUGACUUGAGGAUAUACGCUGUGCCUCCGCCGGCCCAUCCAUCUUGGGGACUUCAUUGUGUGCUGAGACUCAUCAACCUCGCGUUCCCCAGCAGACCACCGGAGCUCAGGCUCACUCUCGGUUCCGCAGAGGUGGAAGAUGCCUUGAAGCCAUGGCGCGACGUCACGGUCGGCGAGGCGGAAGUGGUAUCCGAAGCAAACGAGACUUCGGUGCGGCGUGAUUUGGAAUCGAUUUGCAAGAUUGUCAUCGCCCGAUCAUCGGAGGGCGUGCACCAGCUAAGGGAUGAAGACGUUAGAUCUGAAGCCUCAUCGGACAAUUGCGAGUGGUACGAGUGGUCGGAGGGGUGUGUCGUGGAGCUCUGGGAGGAGGAGGCGCAUGUUGCGCGGGCUGUCAUGGAGUCGCUGGCGAGCGGUGAGGCAUUUCUGUGAGAUGGUGGCUAGACCACUGUAGUCGAAGCUUCACGGCUGGCGGGGUAUAAAGUUUGGGUUUGGGCCUGAGGGGAAAUAGAAGUUAGAAUUAUGGAUAAUGGAAGCCGUGCCACGAUCUCCGUGUAUGCGAGUCUAGCGGGUGCACCGGUACUUACGAAGUUAUGAUAGCUUACGAGAAAA